CCGCAUUCUCCACCCUGCUCCUCCUCCUCCUCGUCCGCCGUGCCACCGCACUCGGCUGGUGUCUCGGAAACCGGGGGAAGGAGCAAAGGAAACCCCAGAUGCUCUGCGUGUCGCCGCCGUCGCCGGGGGGCCCGUGCGCGGCGGGGCCUCACCGGCCGCCGGCCAGGAAUGCGCGUGGAGGGACGGUGACGAUGCGCAUCGGCUCACCGGGGAGGACGAUGGCGACGACGAAGCCGACGGAGCAGAGGCGGCGGUGGCGGCUGGCCAGGUUCAAGAACUCCGCGGCGGCGGCGCCCCCGGCGGGCGGGAGGCUGCAGGCGAGUGGGAUCCCGCCUCCGCCUCCGCCGCUGCCGGCGCGAACGACGGCGGAGAGGCUGGGGUCGCUGCGGGAGAUGCGGCGGGUGUGGUGGGUGUGCGGCCUCGGCUACUGGGUGCAGGGGUUCCGCUGCUUCCCGUGGCUGGCGCUCAACUUCCACCUCACGCGGGGGCUCGGCCUCAGCCCCGCCGCGCUCCAGCUCGUGCAGAACGCGGGCAACCUCCCGCUCGUCGCCAAGCCUCUCUUCGGCGUCCUCUCCGACGCCGUCUACAUCAGCCGCGCGCACCGCCUCCCCUACAUCUCCAUCGGAGCAUUACUACAGCUUAUUGCAUGGGGAACGCUUGCGAUCAUUCCAGUUACAGGGGACACAUUUCCAACUCAAAUGGCUUGCAUUCUCAUUGGAAAUCUUGGAGCAUCUGUCACCGAAGUUGUAAGUGAUGCUGUUGUCACGGAGUUCAGUAGGACACAGAAGGCUGGUGUACUACAGUCUUACGCAUUCAUAGCUCUGGCAGCUGGAUCUCUCUUAGGAAAUUUAUCAGGUGGUUAUGUUCUGUUGAGAACACAAGAACCAAAGACUAUGUUCACGGCAUUCUCCUUCCUCCUUGGCCUCCAACUAGCACUUUCGUUGAAUACAAAAGAGACGCUACCAAGCUCUCGUGGAAACUUCAAUAGUCACCAUGUCAGAACCUCUCUAUCAGACAAUCUUCGCAAGCAAUUCUCAAACUUGAUGGUGGCAAUCAACGAGGAGCAGAUUUUUUACCCGCUUAUGUGGAUAAUGACAUCGUUUGCAGUUGUGCCUAUUCUUUCUGGGACAAUGUUUUGUUUUCAAACACAGUAUCUGAAGCUUGAUCCAUCAAUCAUCGGCCUAUCAAAAGUUGUUGGGCAGGUGAUGGUUCUAUCUCUAACCCUCCUCUACAAUAACUAUCUCAAAAAGAUCCCUUUGAGACGGCUUGUGGCUGGAGUUCAGACAAUGUAUGCUUUGGCGGUUCUAUCAGACUUGGUCCUUGUGAAACAAGUGAACCUUAUGUUGGGGAUACCGAAUGAGAUCUAUGUGUUUUGUUUCUCAGCACUGGCAGAAGCAAUUGCUCAAUUCAAGGUCUUGCCAUUCUCAGUUCUGUUGUCAAGCCUAUGCCCACCUGGCUAUGAAGGCUCUCUUUUUGCUUUCUUCACAUCUGGACUGGUGUUUUCAGCAAUACUAAGCGGGGUCUUUGGAGUUGGAUUGUCCAGUUUAAUUGGGGUGUCUGGUGGGGAUUACUCAAGCUUCUCUUUGGGUAUUUUGCUGCAAUGUUUGGCGGCAUUGUUACCUUUGGGAUGGAUAUCAUUUUUGCCUGAAAAAUGGACUGCCGAUGACAAGAUACUGAAGCCAAGAUGAUCCAACCCUGUAGGGUUAAUAGGUAACCACACAACCUCAAGAUGUGUAUAGGCAAUGACAGUGUAGAGGGUUACAAGUAUAUAUGUGCAGACGUAAUAUUUCUUUGGUAUGUAAAUCAAUAGUGUUCUAGUUCAAAUGUUACAGCUGAAUAUUGGCAUCCAGUUGUGUUCAAUAACUACCAAGAGCAUUGUAUUCAGCUGGUCCUGUCAGAAGAAUGGGAAGAAUAUAUCA